CCACACACACACACACACACACAUUCAUGACCGCACACACGGCAGACAAGACAGUCACGCUUUCCAUCGGCUCUCAACGCCACACGAAAUGUCACUCAAGGGAAAAGUCGCUGUGGUGACCGGAGCUGCAGCGGGAAUUGGUAAAGCCUUCUGCGAGAUUCUCUUCAGGAACGGAGCAAAGGUUGUUCUGCUGGAUGUGAACCCAGAAGCGGGAAAGAGCGUGAUGGAAGCUCUCAACAAGGAGGACGGCCAAGAUCGAGCUCUUUUCCUCAGCUGUGACGUCCGCUCUGAGGAGCAGCUGAAAGCUGCCUUCAAGAUGGCCGCUGAUACCUUUGGAGGAAUCGACAUCGUGUGCAACAAUGCCGGCGUCCUGGAUGAGAAGGAAUGGGAGCUAACGUUGGACAUCAACCUUGUGGGAGUCAUCAAGGGGACCUACGCCGCCAUGGAGCACAUGAGCAAGUUGAACGGCGGUCGAGGAGGGGUCAUCGUCAACACUGCGUCAAUUGCAGGUAUCAGGCCGCUCGUGUGCUGCCCGGUCUACAGCGCGUCCAAAAGCGCCGUGAUCCACUUUGCCAGAGCCAUGGCGGGGGCCUCCACUUUAGUGGGCUACGGCAUUCGCUUUAACGCCAUUUGCCCAGCUUUGGUUCAAACCGACCUGCUUGAUGGUUUAAACAGUAAACUGGGACAAUUCGCCGCACUGAAGCAGCCCACCCAACAAUUGAUAGAAAAGCAUGGCGUGUUAAGUCCGUCCGAUGUGGCAGAGUGUCUUUUGGAACUGGUGACAGAUGAGAGCAAGAAUGGAGAAGCCCUGAUGGUGACCUCCCAAGCAAAGACAUACACCCCAUUUACGUCCAUCCCUAUUAUCACUCUGGAUCUUUAAUAGUGCGUUCUCAGCUGAUUUGGCCUGUCUGCAAAUUGAAUGUAUCAUCGAUAUAUACUGCACUGUACAGAAUAUUGACAGGUGGCAUUCCAGUUGAAUGAAUGUUAAAUGCAAUAUUAAAACUUAAGGCUGAACUAAAGAAAACGCAUCAGGAGAUUUCAUUACUAUUACUGCAACUCAACUCGUGUGCAAGAAGGCUCCCUUUUAUAUGAUUUAAGGUGAAUCGUUAAAUUUUAAUCAGAUAUUUAGUCACUACUUCUGCACUAGGGGAAUUAUUCAUAAGCAAGGAAAGAAAAUGAUUUAGAUUAACUCAGAAGAAUUGUGAUGUAACCUUUGGUGCAAUGUUAGGUUAUGACUCCAUGUGCAAGGUACACAGAAAAUAUAUUUGCUUUGGCAUUCGAAUGAUA